CUCGAGAACAGCGUUUCAAGUGCCGUUUUGCCAAACAUUACUUCCGAUGGAUUGCUCGACUUGCUCAGCUGGUGUUUGUUUCGAUGGUGAGCUUUGCCUUGGAACGCUGCAUUGAAAAAUGCAUCCAAGAGAGCUGAAACAGCCGCGACUGAAAAAGCCCACGCCAGCGAAAGUCUUGUGUGGUCGAUACUCUCGGCCACACAGUUCGGUGAGCUCUGGCCAGAGCUCGAAGAAUAAGCUCGAGCGAUGUGUCAGAGAAUGGCGAUUGAUUGGGAGGCAUAGAGUCGACUUGUAUCCGACGCUAAGCUUAUCGGUAAGCUUCAUUCUCGAAUCGGUCGGCAAGAUCGCAAGGCAUACUACACACAAGAGCACCUUUCAUCAUGCCGUUAAAGUGGUUCCGCAGUCACCGCCGCCGCAGUACUGGCAAUACAGAAGAUGAGGCCACCAGACCGUCAACGGAGACUCCCAACUCCAAGCAGAAGACCAAGCAGCGAUCCCGUCGAUCCCACUCACAUGGUCACGGCCUGCGCUCCAUGAUAGGUUUGUCUGGGUCUAUGCAGCACGAGCUCGACGCUGCUGCCGCUAUCGCCGCGGAGGAGCAGCGUCGCAUCUCGUACCAGACCAAAACUCGUCGUCGAUUCACGAUCCACGGUCUCUCCUACCAGCCCAAGCACAACGAAGAAGCAGGAUGGAGUUGCAACUCGACGCCGGCGGGAUCCCCACAGCCCAUGCACGCUUCGACGUCACCAAGACACGUUCACUCAAGAGUCUCACACUUCGGGUUCACCUCGACGCGAAUCUCACACACUCGUAGUCCUCAAAAAGAGCAAAUGAUUCCACUCACGCCGGACUCGCACCCGUCGAUCAUCUUCAUCGACUGCCCGCCGUAAGAAGCUGCGCAACGCUAACUGUAAAACCUUCUGGACGUCUUAAGUGUAUCGAUGGGAGUGUAGUAUUGUAAUAUCUGGUGGGUGAAGUGUAGUGUUAAAGUGUAUUGUAUUAGUGCAGCUCCAGAAGGGAAGGGCUCGUAAGGAUAAACUAAUAUUACACAGAGAAAAGAAUUCAUUUUUCAUAUAACUGUUA